GGCGGCGGCCCACAGAGAGCCUCGCAGACCGAGAAAGACACGGUGGACUCCAUUGCUGUCCCGAGUGCGUUUCUCGCCGGACUUGGUGUUCCGCCGUUACCUGCGCGUCUGCCCGUGUGCCACGGUUUUACGAACGUUUCGCUCCUCCUUCCCGGCCCGAGCACAGCGAGCCGUUUUACUUUUAGCGCACGACCGGAUCGUAACGACCGACGCGUAAACCCCUUGGAGGUUGUGAUCAAAAUACACUCAUCUUGUUGUCCAGUGCGCGGGGUAAACGCGUGUGUUAGCGCGAGCCGAGCCUUCUCGUGCGUGACCGGAACGUGAAAAGAAACAGAUAAAAAGAAAAAAAAGAAAAAAAAGAGGAGCACCACAAGAUGGCUGAUCAACUCACAGAAGAACAAAUCGCAGAGUUUAAGGAGGCGUUCUCGCUCUUCGAUAAAGACGGGGAUGGCACUAUAACCACCAAAGAAUUAGGCACGGUCAUGCGGUCCCUCGGUCAAAAUCCCACAGAGGCUGAACUACAGGACAUGAUUAACGAAGUGGAUGCAGAUGGUAACGGCACAAUCGACUUCCCGGAGUUCUUGACCAUGAUGGCGCGUAAAAUGAAGGACACGGAUAGCGAGGAAGAGAUUAGAGAGGCCUUCAGAGUGUUCGAUAAGGAUGGAAAUGGUUUCAUAUCCGCGGCGGAACUUAGACACGUCAUGACAAAUCUGGGCGAGAAACUCACCGAUGAGGAAGUAGAUGAAAUGAUACGGGAGGCCGAUAUCGACGGCGACGGCCAAGUUAAUUAUGAAGAAUUCGUCACAAUGAUGACAUCAAAGUGAAUGCAACCUGUGUAACGGAAGAACUCGCGACUCGGAGUGGUGUUGACGUAUUAAAUAAAUCAAGAAACAGAGAAAAAACAUAUGUAACAAAACGAGAAUCAACCAGAAAGUGACAAAUCUUGUAUCAGGAUAUGAAGAUGUCUCUAUAAAAGCGCGAAGAGUCAACGUCCGAUACCGCGUUAUAAAAAAAAUCAUCGUUUAACGAUAAGUAAUACAGGGCAAUUAAUUGUUUAAUUAAAGAGUUAUACCACUAAAAUCAUUAUCUCUCAAAACACAAAUAUUUACGCGUGU